AGAAAGUGGUCAUCGGUUCAUCAGCUGACCGGGUCUGAAUCUGCAUGAAAUAGGCCCGGAGAUGGCCACACUUGGGACAGGUUUCUAGGGGUGGAAACAAGUAGUAAGUGUCAGUUUGCAGAAAUACAUACUUUGCUCGGUCCUCUUAAAAUGUAAGGCAAAAAUAGAGGUACAUUCUAAUAGUAUAAGAACAUAUUUUAAAAAUAAGGCACAGAAAUGUGAGAACAGUAUUGUACAAUCAGUAUCAGGUGCACUAUGCAUUGUUGCAAAUAUUCCAAGUAUGGUAGUGACAUGAAGGAACACGCACACACACACUUUAAUGUCACUUACCAGGAGUAGAGUCAACGUUUUCCCAAGCUGCAGCUCCACCGAGAACAUCAUCCACUUCUUUCAUUUUGGGAAACCUUCUGUCAUUAACCUGCAGAAAAACAAAAGUACGUCAAACGUCACAAACAUAGAUAAUUUAGUCACCUGGGAGCCGAGCAGCAACACGUUAUGAUUAACACAGAUUAAACAUAACGCACCUUUCUUGUGAUGUUGUGUACAUAAGGACAGGUAUUGCAGGCGAAUCUCAUGCACUUCUGUCCUUCCUCGACAAUUAAAACAUUUCCGCAGGUUGGACAAAAAAGAAGCAUGUUAGCCGGGAUUAUAUAUGUAGCAAAAAAGCUACAAAAUGAUCUCAAACUCAAUACGAGUCGUCUUUUUUUAAACGGUUAGCAAACUGUUACGGUCUCCCUGACGUUCGCGUGUGGAGAAGCGGAAGUGGCAGGUGCUACUCUUUGUAUCGCUCGACGGGAAACGAAAUAUUAAGAAAAGACGUGGUUUUAAAUCAAUAUAAAACCACGUCAAUAUUUACGAUCUAUAAAUACGAGCAUCACUGAAUAAUAUUAAAUAACAUAAAUCCGUUUUUUUAUCAAUAAAAUAGAAAAGUAGGGUGUGAAUUUGCGUCACACUGAGCGGAACCAAUUGCACUGAGCUACGGUUGCUUUCCGGCAUGUAUUAGUUACUGGACACAUUGUUUGUUUACUUCAUGGCUUUUUUAAAGCGAAAGAGUUUCCACUUCCAAGAUGUUAAGUGUUGAGUAGUGACCGUUUGGUUGAAUCACGCGAUGACGGAGGAGCAGAGUCGGGACCCCGUUGGAGAAGGACUGUCGGUGAAGGAGGAAGCGGUGGGAAACGAGGACCCGACAGAGAUGUCUUCUUUAGACACGGAGGAGGAAGACGAGGAGGCUCUCCCUCAUUCAGAGAUCCUGGAUAUUUUCGAGGAGGGACUUGCUCGACUUGUGCAAGACCCUUUACUCUGUGAUCUGCCAAUUCAGGUGACUCUGGAGGAGGUCAAUUCUCAGAUUGCUUUGGAGUAUGGCCAAGCAAUGACUGUGAGGGUUUUAAAGGCAGAUGGAGAGAUAAUGCCCAUAGUGGUGGUGCAAAAUGCCACUGUGCUUGAUCUGAAGAAGGCCAUCCGCAGAUUCAUGGAGCUGAAACAACAACGUGAAGGUGGAGUUAAACAUGUCAGCUGGAGAUAUGUUUGGAGAACUUAUCAGUUAAUUUUUCAAGGUGAAAAGCUUGAAGAUGACAAGAUGGGGCUCAAAGACUAUGGGAUCAGAAACAGAGAUGAAGUGACCUUCAUGAAGAGACGCAGGAAAAAAUAAAAUGUCACAGCCAACGUUUGUCACGUCAGGAAAAUACACCAGUUCCCGCGUGUACUGGUUCUACUUGCCUCGCAUUAGUACAUUAGUUUCACAAAGUAUUGAUGAUUGUAUGACUUGUUAUUUGAAUUGUCUCUUGGGGCACAUUUCAAACUGAACAUUACACUCAAAAGAGGCUCCAUGUAAAUAAGAUUAUCUGGAGAUGUUACGCCUCCCUUUUACUUACAGUGUGCCAUGGUUUUGUAUAGUUGUCUGCAAACAUUAAAACACAUGACAGUGUUUUUUUUGA